CCGCCCCUCCUUGGCAGGCCCCGCCUACUCUCCUUCUCCCGUCGCCGCCCCUCUCCUCCGCCCUCCCGGCGAUUGGCUCCUUCCAAGCCGAGCGGGGCCUCCCAUUCUCCCCUCUAGUCGCCCGACUCUCGAGGUUGCUUCAGUUGCGCCGCGCUCCUCCGUGCUCGAGUAAGCAGCGGCUGGGACGUGCUAGGCACUGGCAGCGCGCGGGGGAGUCCCCCUUUCUCUGUGAAGUAGCGGGGUGUCUCUUGUGACAACCGGUGACAGCAGAUCCUCCUCCUCGCUGGGUACCUGACGGCAAGCGGCGGACGCGCCAACAUGGGGAGGGGCGGCGGCGGCGGAAGCGGCCGCAGCAGCAGCAGCUGACAGAGCCGGUGCCCGUAACCCACCUCGGCGAACCUCCGGGCUCAGUCAGCUUUGCAGCCACAGCUCGCCGCCGCCGCCUGCCUCGAGUGAGCCCACGACUCCCAAAAGGGAGGCGGCGGCAGCAGCAGCAGCAGGGACUUUCCGCCUAGAAAACUUCCUGUCGCUGAAGGGGACGGGGAAAGUUGCCGCCGCUGCCUGGGGACAAGAAGCGCGGGCUGGUCCAGCCCCUGGCCUCAGCCUGACACCCGCUCUGGCCGUGGCGGCGACUGCUGCGGAGACUCCGAGCGGCUGUUGCCCCGUGGUUGUCUCGGGCCUGUAGGGGGCGCUGACCGCUGCGGGGAGGCCAUGCCCGCCGGCAGCCUGUUGCCGCUCUUCGGCAGCCCCGCGGGUCCGGGCGCCGUGGGCGGCUCUCUAGGCGGGGGGCCCUUGGGUGGCGUCGGAGGGAGGAAGGUGUCCGGCCCCAGCGGCGCGUUCCGGCUGACGGAGAAGUUCGUGCUGCUGCUGGUGUUCAGCGCCUUCAUCACGCUCUGCUUCGGGGCCAUCUUCUUCCUGCCGGACUCCUCCAAGCUCCUCAGUGGCGUCUUCUUCCACUCGGCCACCCUCCAGCAGCCGCCGCCGCCGCCAGCGCAGGGGGAUCAGCUCGCACCGCCGCAGCCACCCGGACCGGGACACGUCGUCGGAGCGGGCAGUAGCAGCAGCAGUUAUGGGGCCGACGUUGCUGGGGAAGCAGCGGAGAACUUGGCCAAGAUCCGCGAGGACCACGAGCGUGCUCUACGAGAGGCUAAAGAGACUCUGCAGAAACUGCCCGAGGAGAUCCGCAGAGACAUCCACCACGACAAAGCUCAAUUUCUUCUCCAGGAUAAGUUAGGCAGGAAGGAGGCAGGGGCCGCCGGAUUGCCUGACCUGCUUUUCCAGAAACCAAUCGGGGCCGUCGGAGGGGAACCGGCAGACCCCGACAUCCAGCAGAAAAGAGCGAAGAUCAAAGAGAUGAUGAAACAUGCCUGGGAUAAUUAUAAACGUUACGCAUGGGGAUUAAAUGAACUGAAACCCAUAUCAAAACACGGACAUUCAAGCAAUUUAUUUGGUAACAUUCAAGGAGCAACGAUUGUUGAUGCCUUGGAUACAUUAUACAUUAUGGAAAUGAAAGAUGAAUUCAAAGAAGCCAAAAAAUGGGUGGAGAAAAACCUAGAUUUCAAUGUGAAUACUGAAAUAUCUGUUUUUGAAGUGAACAUUCGCUUUGUUGGUGGACUACUGUCUGCAUACUAUCUUUCUGGAGAAGAGAUAUUUCGAAAGAAAGCAGUGGAACUAGGAGAGAAGUUGCUUCCAGCCUUUAACACUCCUACAGGAAUUCCUUGGGCAUUAUUAAAUAUCAAAAGUGGUAUUGGGCGAAAUUGGCCCUGGGCUUCAGGAGGAAGCAGUAUUUUGGCAGAAUUUGGAACAUUGCAUUUGGAGUUCAUACACCUAAGCUAUUUAUCCGGAAAUCCAGUGUUUGCUGAAAAGGUUAUGAAUAUUAGGAAAGUCUUAAAUCGGCUGAAGAAACCAGAAGGUCUUUACCCUAAUUACCUAAAUCCUAGUAGUGGCCAAUGGGGUCAACAUCAUGUGUCUAUUGGAGGACUUGGAGACAGUUUUUAUGAAUAUUUGCUUAAGGCAUGGCUGAUGUCAGAUAAGAUGGAUGAAGAAGGCAAGCAAAUGUAUUAUGAUGCUGUUCAGUCCAUAGAGACCCAUCUGAUCAGGAAAUCUAGCAAUGGCUUGAUGUACAUUGCUGAGUGGAAGGGUGGCCUCCUUGAACACAAAAUGGGGCACCUCACCUGUUUUGCUGGAGGGAUGUUUGUUCUGGGUGCUGAUGGAGCUCCUGCGGGUAAAACUGGACGCCACAUUGAACUUGGUGCUGAAAUUGCCCGCACAUGUCACGAGUCAUAUGAUCGCACAAACAUGAAGCUGGGACCAGAAGCCUUCCGGUUUGAUGGUGGAGUUGAGGCAAUUGCUACCAGGCAGAAUGAGAAAUAUUACAUCCUGCGGCCUGAAGUUAUUGAAACCUACAUGUAUAUGUGGAGGUUCACCCAUGACCCAAAGUACCGGCAGUGGGCUUGGGAAGCUGUAGAGGCACUGGAAAAAUACUGCAGAGUAGAUGGAGGCUAUUCUGGCAUUAGAGAUGUUUACAGCAGCCAUAAAAGCCAUGAUGAUGUGCAACAGAGUUUCUUCCUUUCAGAAACACUCAAAUACCUGUACUUGAUGUUCUCUGAAGAUGACCUCCUUCCAUUUGAACAUUGGGUCUUUAACACUGAGGCACACCCUUUCCCAGUCAUCAGAAAAGAUGAGGGAGAAAAAACAAAAAACAAAUAAGCGUGCUGAAUUUUGGGGUGGGCACGUGAUGCAGUUAUAAAAAUCCCUGAGUUGUUGUGUUUGUUUCAAACCAAUUUUUUGCAGUCUGACGUCUACUCAUACAAUAUUUAUCUAGGGACCUAAAAUCAUUAACUAUAAUUAAUCUUAUUUAUGUUUUGACAAAAAUGGUAACAUUAUCUCUAAAUUUUGUUAGGCUGCAGUGUGCAUCUAGCCGAACAGAAUAGAGAGGUCGCCUUGUUACUUGUAUUCUGUUUUAUUUUUGACUGCAAAGUUCUUUCCUCCUCUGUGAGGAGAUGUCUGCUUUAAGCUGUAAUACUUUGCUGUGUUGCAAAAAGCCAUAAAUUAAGUAUGAAGAGCUUUUUUCUUUUUUAAUCUAUGUUAAUGUGGUUUGUCUGAUCACUAGAGACAAAUCUAACUGUGACAGCCUCUUCUUAUGCGGGUCUAUCAUUAACUGGUAAUUUGAAUAUUUAAGAAGAUGUACUGUUCAUAAAAAUGACGUAAGAAUAUUUUCAUCGCAUCUGGACACACUAUUAUGUAAAACUGUGACUUGUCUUGAAAUGAGUUUGGAAACAUCUGAAUUUUUGUUUAGAACAUAACAUCAAAUUUAACCAUAGGUAAAUUUAAUAUCCACUUUUAUUCUGUUCUAGUAUUUAGCUUUGCAAACAGUCACCAAACCAAGAGCAUGGAAGCUGCCUUCUGGGCAUGUCCCUUCCAAAAAAACAACGUAAUGACUUCAGUCCUCAAAGCUUGCACGCUCAGUCAAAUGGAGCUUCAGCACAGUUUGCAACAGAAGGAAAAAGCUCAUUUCUUGUCUAACCUUUCAUUUGCCCUGUAAGAUGGGUUGGUCUGGUGUAUGAAAUCCUUUGUUGUGUGAUUGAGCCUUCUCCAUUUUAGAGAUGAAGAAAGCCCAGUUCUUAAAUCUGUCACCAAACAUUUCAUUUAGUACUCUAUGACACUUGGUGCAUACCAGGAACAAUGAUGUGGAAGUAGGAGGAGCAUAACAAGCAUGAAAGAUACCAUCUUUCAGAAAUUUAUGUUCCGCUUUAAUUCACUUUUGAAAGGAAGAAAAAUGCCUGAUGGCUGCUGCUUUUUAAAUGCUUUGCUUUAUUUUAUUUUUAAAAAAAACCUUUCUUCUCAUCUUAAUCAAAAAGACUGAAAUGGAAUGUUAGCUGUGAAGGCUUAAUUUUGCCAGAAAGUUUAACAGGCCAGGCCAGGCUCAAACCUCACCAGUGUCUGAGGUGGCUUUCUGUGCCACCACCCCCGUUGUGAAUCCCUUGCUGUGCUCCCGAACGCCCCCUGUAAAACCUUUCUACAGCAGAUCAGAAGAGGUAGCAAAUCCACUACUUCGCCAUACCUUGUUGCUGGGCUGUUCCUGUAACACUCAGAUAUCAUUUAGGAUGCCUUCUGUGAGUGAAGUAACUUGAAUGACUAUUGGACAUAACCACUUGGAGUUGGGUUUGGGUUUUUAAUGAUCAUUUGCUUGUAACAGCUGGCUUUCCUGGACAAUGGAAAAUGGAAACUGAUGAUGCUGCUAGAGGUAAACUUUCUAGACAUGAUAAAGGACUGGCAGAAACUGUGCAAGGGAAGAAUGGGAAAUGAGAGGCGAAUCAUUGAUGCUGUAUGAAAUUUAGUUGCUUUUAAAGUUAAAACUUAGUCCUAAAAGAUCUCUGUAGUAACCACACAUGGCACCAUACUUGGUAUACCAUAUCGCCUUUGUGGCAACCUACAAGGAAACUAGGACAGCAAAACUUACAAACUGCCUGCUUAUUGCAAUCUUAUUCAGGCCGUCAAAUAUGAGGACCAAAUGUUUGAGCCAAUGUAAGUGACUUCUUGACUAUUUAAUUUUGGAUACAUUGAAUUCCCACAGAAUUGAACCAUAGGAACAUAAUCUAUUAUCUCUCAUCUGGCAGUCUGAAAGACUACACAAGCAAUAACUUUCCUAAAGUUUGAAUCUCUUUUUGUCUAAGCCAAAUGACUUAAUUCUCACCCCCAAACUUAGAAAAAUUCUCUGAGGGGUCGCAUGUGGCAGUUGAAGAAUCAGAUAAGAACUAAUGCAGGCACGCCUGCUCAUCAUAUAUCUCUGGAUCAUAGCUCUUGUAGAUACUUGGCCGGUUAGCACAUUAGUGCUACUUCUACUAAAGAAAUGCUUUUUAAACAUUCUUAUUCAGGGUUAUGUUGUAAGUGUGUGGUGGCUCAUAUUUUAUUAUACUGGCACAAGAGCCAGUAUAAUAAAAGUUACAGCUUUGCUUUCCUGUGUUAUACCAAAAGUUUUUUUCUUUAACUAGAAUAAGUCUAAACUUCUACUUUACUCAUUCAGAAAAUCAGUUAGUUACAUUGAAAGAGGCUUCUCAUCCUGCAUAUGUUGAGCUCUUACCCCAUGUGCUUGCUUAAUUGUUUACACAUUUCUGUACCUUCAUGUUUUUAAUUAGAAAGCAGUUUGAAAGCCUGAUGAGCAAAAAAAAAAUGUGGUAAAUAUUAAUCUAAACACUAUUUCACUGUUCUUUCUGAAGUGCAGAACUAAAGAUAAUCUUUAUUUUAUGACUCCCCCCCCCCCAAGUUUGAACAGGGAAAACUUGCAUAUGAAAACAAACCAGAUACUUCAAAUCUGUAGGGCAGACCAAAAAAAAAAAAUCCAAACAGCAUUCAGUUUAAUAUCUUUCUUACAAGGAAACCUUUCCCUAGCUUACAGUUCACUCUUACAGAAGUAAGCUUUCAGUGACUGACAACCUAACAAAGCACUGUUGUAGCACCAGUGCUUCUGAAAGGUUCCAAACUAACACUUCACUGGUACUGGUGUGUUGGGGAAUGCCAACAGUCUCCUCUUCCCCUGGAAGUCCUUUGUGUCACCUGAAAAUAUAUUCUUUAGGGCUACAUGACCCUUGGACAUUUGGGGGUGUCUCAAAUCACUUCCUGGGUAAGUGGAAGUUGUCAAAAUCUGGCCUGAGUGAGUUUGUGCUUCAAUCGUCAACCAAUGGCCUUUACUCCCAUAUAAGGGUACAUAGGAAUACAACCUUAUUGUCACUUAGCUACUAUAUUUUAACUACUCUCAGGCUAUAGGGUCUUCUCAGAUAACACUGAGCAUUUCACCACAUUAUAGAUAGCAUUGCUUUGUGUAGAUUCAAGUGAAACUUAAUUGUAGAAUGAACUUAAAUGCCCUAAAUUUUGGAGCAAUUGUGAGGACUCCUGUAAUUGGAAUGACUCCUGCCAUUAGAGAGAUUUGAAAUACCAAACUGUGGCAGGGACAGAGUCAAAAUAUGCACUGCUUUUCUAGCUUGUCAACAAGGAAAGAUUGGGAUUUAUUGGCUCUAAUUGAAAGACUGUGUUAACCUUAAACUCAUGAUGGAAAAGGACAUGCAAAACAGUGAUUACUUGUAUGGGCUAGUAAUUGUGCAGUGCUGUUGGCUGAAAAGCCAUGAGUGCGGCAUCUUAAUUUUAGUGUGGCACUCUGUAUAGCGGCUUUAACAACAAAAUAUAUGCCAUGUGUCCAUUUCCUAAUCCCAAAUUUUUGCUUCAGUUUCCUUUAUUUUCUGUGGGAGCUGCCAUGGAGGAGUGAUUCAUGGUAUUAUGUUAUCUCAAAAAACCUCAUUCCAAUAAAGAAGCCUAGUUGCAUACCAUUUCUGCCAAUGCUGCCUUUUUAUAGCAGCCAGUCCUCCUCCAACCACUUGCUAGCAUCCACCCUGAUGAGCAUGUUGCAUACUAAUCAAUCUUUCCCUCUGUGAGAUCCUGUAAAAAGGAUAAACCUUUAAUCAAAGUGCAACAGUGCCCUGUCAGAAUGUUCUUAUCUUGUCCAAAACAGAACCAAUAAAAACAAUGAUCCUCUUCUGUUCAAUGUGGUUUGCAGUUCUCUAGCAUAGUACUUCUUUUCUACUUGAAGUUUGGUUUGCAGUGCUCCCAAAUCCAUGCUCCAUAAGUAAUGUUUUGUAGCAUCAGCAAGACAUUUUUUGUUCCAAUCAACUGCUGCUUCUUGCUACAGCACUUAGGUUCAUUUCCAGAAUGUUCCAUUUUUUUAAGAAGAAGAAGAAAGAAAAUUCUAUAAAUCCCUGUACAGAAAAAUGAUCUGCUUUGUUCUGCGCAGAAAACAAAUUUCCCAGUUCUAAAAGCGGGCCACAAUCCAGAGAAUAUUUUACAAGAGAAUGUACACCACCGGAUAUAAGUAGAUCUUGUAAACUACCCUGCUAGGCUUCCACCAACUGAACUGCUGAAGAUUUUCAGACAUAAAGCCAUCUUAAGAUCCUGGCUAGGCAGAUUUCAGUGAAUCCCAUAGCACCAAAAGUAUUUAUUUGGUUCAUUUUAAAGAAAUGACUAUUGCCAUAUGUGAUAUUUUAUAGCAUGAUAAAACGUUAGUGCAACCUCAUGUCCUAAGGUGGGUCUACAGCUAAAGCACCCUGUUUCCAAAAGUGUGCUGACACUAGAUAGAAAGCUUUAUAAAUGAAUUAUUCCUUCAAAAUGGUCUAAUGGUAAUAUUUAGUUAAUAUUUCAAGUAUAGUCAUCAUUUCUAUUGCCUAAUAUUCCAUUCCCCCUUUCGUUGCCAAGCUUUCAGUGUGUAUCACCAUCAAACUCCUCUGGUACCAUUUGGGGGAAGCCGCCCAAUCUGUGAAAUAGUUUCUGAGCUUCUAUAGCACUUAUAUUUGCCAGUCACUACAAAUAAAAUGAGGAAAAUAAGUUUAUAAAUGCAGCCAGCAUUGUACCAUGGAGGCAACUCGGCAUGGAGGUGGAGUUGCUCAGCAACCACGUAGCUAGACAUAAUCCCCCUUGAAGUCAUGGAUGCAAGUGUUUAGAUCAGCUUCAUGUUGUCUUUGAGAAGUUCUGAUUAUGGUAACUUUCUCAUGGAUGUGUUAAUUUGAAAGAGCACAACAUUUCUAUAGUCCCAUAACUGAUACGGUAAUCAGGUUGUAUGUAAAAGAUGCACUAUAAUGUACCUUUUUGUAAAGUGAUGUAAGUAGACAAGAAGAUUGUAUUACUUGUAGAACUGCAGAGUGCAAGAGAAACAUGUUUUAUAUGUUCAAAAGCAGUGAUUAUGUGUGUUGCACACAAAACCACCAAAGUAUAAAACUUCAGAGUGAUCACUAUUUUUAAAAUAUUAAGACUACAAUCCUGAAACUAUUUACAGUGGUGUAAAUAGUUUCAGAAUGAUGUUUAGUAUUUACUAGCAAUUGUCACACAAACCAAUCUGGAAAUAGCACUGUUUCCCGAGAGGUUCAAUAAGAGCCAACUAUGGGGUGACGGAGCUAGUGCUGACCACUAUACAUAUGUAUAUGUGUGUGUGUAACUUUAAAGUAAAGCCAUUUUCAUUGUUAAUGUCUUUCUGUUUAGACAGUAUCUAAACUUCCAUUGCUCUUCAGCAUAUCACAAUGCAGUUGCUUAAAUAUAGAUAUUAAAUCCUGGAAAUUACACAUUUAAAUGCCAUGUGUGUUGUAUGACGGCUCUAUGAUCCCCAAUGACACCUUGUUGAUACGGUAAACUUUUCAUGCGACCAUUUUGUGUAUUAAUGUUUUUUAUUUGUGCAUAUCCCACUUAGUCCUUUUCCACCUUUAUAGAAAUCUCUGAAGUUGUGAGAGAUCAAAAUGCUUAAUUUUUAAGAACUAUAUUUGUAAAAAAAGAAAACUAUUGUGAAUAAAGCCUUUUAAUACAUCCUU